AUGUCACUUCCAUAUCCGCCACCAUAUUUUUAUGCCGCCACUACCGUUUCACCAGCAUCAACACAUUUUCGCACAUGUUUGUCACAAGUGCCAACAGCAUCCAGUUCAACGGUAUCAAAUUUUUCGAUUGAAAGUAUUUUAUCCAGACGGGUACCAGUACCUCCGUUACCUCCUUUACCGUUAGCAAAUGAUUUUGCAGUUGCUGCUGCCACUGCUGCUACUGUUGCAUGGCCUACCAUACCACCACAUUUCUCAUACCCUCAUCCCGGUUUUCCGUACAUCAAUAAUGGUUUUAUCACAUCAUUUCAUCCAUUUCAUUACGGUGGUAAACGAAAACGACGUCAUCGAACAAUUUUUAGCGAAGAACAACUGCAAAUUUUAGAAAAUGCAUUUAAAGGAACCCAUUAUCCGGAUGUAAUGCUACGAGAAAAACUUGCCGUACAGUGUGACCUCAAAGAAGAACGAGUCGAGGUUUGGUUUAAAAAUCGUCGUGCAAAAGAUCGUAAACAAAAACGUGAAAUUGAUACAAAAGAUAGUACGGGACAAAAAAUGAGUGCAUCUGACGAAUCAGAUUACGAAGUAUCUGAUGAUGAUGAUGACUGUACCAAAAUUAAAAAACAUCGUUUAUCAACCAAUAAUGAUGCAAGUAGUCAGAAUGCUAAUACUAACAAAGUAGAAGAAAUCAAAAAAGAAUCUAAAAGUACAAUUUAG